ACUGCGGCAACGUGUGCGCGCGCGGCUCCAAGGCCGAGCGACCGCGGGAAAAUUCCAAAAAAGUCAAAACCAAACAAAAACCCAGAACGAGGCAAAGCCCAGCUUGAAAGCCACAGAGCCAGGCAGCAGCUCCUCUCCCGCCACUGCCCAAACUGCUGAAGCAGCUCUGACGCGGACCACCCGAUACUGCAUUCUUUGUAAGACCUUCUACCACCAAAAAGAUGAUUACUUGCUGAAGACCCAGGUGACAGUAGAACUUUUUUAGCAAUAAACUUAUUUUCAAAUUAAGAUAAUGGCAAGUCAGUGACCAUAUUGUGUGACAGAUGUUCUUUCAUCUUCUCGUGAUGGUGGUCUGCUAAUUGAAGAUACUACUGGGCAAAUGAUAAAAUCUGAUAAUACAACCCUAAGUACUUCAGAGAAGAUGCAGUAGAAUGAAAUAAAUACGUGGUAGAGAAACUUAUUAAAGGAGAAAUAUCAAUAUUAACACGUGCGGAUCUUGUUGAAUGCUCAUAUUAGCAACUGAAAUAUAAAGGGAAAAUUUUAAGACAUUUGCACAUUGAUGGACAAGAAUGGACUACAUGAUUUAAUAUAUGAUGACCUUUAACUACAGUGUUUGACAGGCUGCUGUGAACGUGUAUCACCUUUUCCCUUUUAAUGAGAUGGCCAAAGAUUCAUCAGGCUUUUCUUCUGAUUAUCAGUUUUGGAUGCAGAAACUUUCUAUAUGGGACCAAGCCUCCACUUUGGAAACCCAGCAAGACACCUGCCUUCAUCUGCCUAAAUUCCAGGAAUUCCUGAAGCAGAUGUUUGAAACCUUAAAAGAUAUGGAUUCAAAUACAAUCAUUGGAAAAUUCCCCACAAUUGGUCAACUGUUGGCAAAAACUUGCUGGAAUCCUUUUAUCUUAGCACAUGAUGAAAGCCAAAAAAUUCUAAUAUGGUGCUUAUGUUGUCUGGUUAACAAAGAACCACAGAAUUCUGCAGAAUUGAAACUUAACUCUGGGACACAGGGGUUGUUGGCACAUGUGCUUUCAACAUCCAGAUUUGAUAUAAAAGAAGCUGGUGUUUUCACUCAACAUCUUGGGUAUACACCUGCAGAUUACUAUCCUGGUUUGCUUAAAAAUAUGGUUUUAUCAUUAGUGUCUGAACUCAAAGACAAUCAUCUUAAUGGAUUUAACACUCAAAAGAGAAUGAUUCCGGAGCAAGUAAGGUCCCUGUCACAAGUUUGUAUCCCACUUAUUACUCUGCCAGAUUUUGAACCACUGGUGGAGGCACUCCUGACCUGCCAUGGACAUGAGCCUCAGGAAAUACUCUGUCGUGAGUUCUUUGAUGCUGUGACUGAAGCCCUAUUGCUGAAGAAAAUUUCUCUCCCCACAUCUGCUGUCCUCUGCCUCUGGCUUCGGCACCUUCCAAGCCUUGAAAAAGCAAUGCUGCAUCUUUUUGAAAAGCUAUUCUCGGAUGAGAGAAAUGUUCUGAGAAGGAUCAAAUGCUUUAUGAAAGAUUCAUUGCUGCCUGAAGCAGCCUGUCACCCUGCUGUAUUCAGAAUUAUUGAUGAAAUAUUCAGGUCUGUCCUCCUGGAAACCGAUGGUGCCUCAGAAGUUCUAGCCACUAUUCAGGUGUUCACAUGGUGCUUUGUAGAAGCUCUGGAAAAAGAAAACAAGCAGCUUAAGUUUGCAUUCAGGACCUACUUUCCUUAUGCUUCUCCAUCUCUUGUCAUGGUGCUACUCCAGUAUCCAAAAGAUACCCCGCAGGCGCUUUGGCUCCAGCCGCUGAAACACAUUUCUGACCUGCUCAGAGAAAUAGUUGAAGAACAGUCUCAUGGGUCCUACGGAGGCCCCUUUGAGAACUGGUUUUUGUUCAUUCACUUUGGAGGAUGGGCUGAUAUUGCGGCUGAGCAGUUGGUGAUGUCAGAAGCUGAACCCCCCGAGGCCCUGCUGUGGCUCUUGGCAUUCAACUACAGCCCAUGUGACGGGAGUCAGCAGAGAGCACAGACCAUGAUGGAGGUGAAAGCAGUCCUUAGCCGUCUUGUGAAGCUGUUCAGAAGUCCUGUCCUCUCAGUCAGCGAGGUGCAGGCAGCAGCUGGAGAGAGCAGAGACGGGGUCCCCAGACUGCCCACGUGUCGACAGCUGAUCCGGCACCUCCUCCUGAACUUCUUGCUCUGGGCCCCUGGAGGCCGCUUGAUUGCGCAGGAAGUCAUCACCCUCAUGGCUCACACCGAUGCGAUAACCCAUGAGAUUAUUGGCUUUCUCGACCAGACCAUAAACAGAUGGGAUCAUCUUUCUGUGGAAGCACCUGAGUCAAGAAAACUAGCCAGAGAGCUUCUUAUAGCCCUGCGUGGGCAAGUGUAGCCCAGGAAGGUAUAGCUGCCAUGCCUUGCCGAGGCCACAAGACGAAAUAAUGAGAUGGCCUCUUAUAGCCACAAGUCAGUGGAAUGAGAGCCUCUCUGAGUUCUGAGAAUAAGCCAGAGGUCUCUUCUGGACACCUGGGAGUAGGUAUUUUACAGUGUGCGAAGAUUUGUUAAAAACUAAGAUUUCUUCCUUAAUGACAUGAUUAUUCCUUCAGAUCCCCUGUACCUACUCAGCCCAGGAAGUUAAUCAGAGAAUCAUGAGAGAAAAGGCUUGGAUGAAAGAACAGACUGUUAUUUCCCUUUUCCCUCAUAUCAAGUCAAGAUGUCCAAUUACUAUUUGAAUGUUUCAAAGUCUUUGGAUCAAGACAUUUAGAAAGCAAUCAAUUUAGAAAGCAGCUUAGCCCUUUUCCAUAGAUUUCUUAAGAAAUCAGGAAAUUGUCACUAAUUCUUUUAACCACAGGGAUUUCUCUAUGAGAUUCGUCAUCAGGAGAGUCAGGAUCCCUCAAGUUUCCCUUGAGCUCUCUUCUGAACAGCCAAGGAGAAAUAGCCUAGUGACAAGUGGGGGUGACAGGCCCCCACUUAUAUAUCAGGCACAUGCACUAGCCCUGCCGUGGAGAGCAACCCAGAAUAGCACUGACAUCAAGCCAGUCCUGGAACUGAUUUUGCUUUAUACUCUAGACUGCUACCAAAUAAGCUCAUGUUACUUCCUGACUGACAGGAGCAGGAAUAGGACGUGUUCAGGAAACAUUAAAAGAGAUGAUUUAUCAGUUGUCUCAUGAACUGAAAUGAGAUUUGGAAAUUUUCAGUAAAGACUUGGUAAUCCCAAGGUUAAUACUUAGUUUGUAUCAGUUGAACAUAAUUUUUUUCCUUUCAGGCUCAUUCUUCUAUUGAUGGUAUGCUCUUUUGUGUAUAUUCUUUUUGUCAAGUGAGUUAAGACUUUUAUGUCCCCUUCAGUUUAAGUGUUAGUAAUUUCUGAAUCUUCCUCAGGUUUAGCUCCUGUUUGAGGUAUGAGUAAAGUUUGGUUGGAUUAUAGCGGGAGCUUUUAGGGGAAUUACUGGUUUCGGUGUUAUGGCCGUGCUUAUGGCUCUACCUGAAGAUGCGGAUAAUUCCAAGAACUUUUCACCUUUUGGGCUGUCUUUUGAGAAGUUACAGUAUGAAAGGUGUACUGAUAGUUUGUUGCAGCUACCAUCCAUCCCCAUUACCACUUUCAUAUGCUUCACUGGAGUUGAGAACAUCUCCCCUGUGUUGAUCUUUGCUAUGGAAGCUGUGACCAACCUAUAUGGACAUGAAGAACAGGGCACAUUUUGGUUGCAGGGAGAGACCCCUAAAGCAGGUACCCAUGAUUCAGACCUCUCUGUGGAGGGUGUGCCCAUGUGGAAAUCAUUCACACUGUACAUCACAACAAACAGUGAAAACAAUAUGGUGGCCUCACCUUAGAGUGCUGAAGCUCCAUUUCCGGAAGAUUUCUUCCUGACAUGACUUGACUUCAACUUGUUUGCAGUAGUUCCCAUUUCCUUACAAAGCCCUUAAGCUCUCCCAGGCUUUCAACAUCUAAGCCUACGGAACUUUAGUCUUCAUCCCAGUGAAUUCCCAGCAGCCAGGUAGUUCCUAUGACUUACGUGACCCCUCACUGUCCAUGCAGACUUCUAUCAAGGGGCUGCAGGCACUGGUUUGCUUACUGAUUGGACUUUCUCCCCUUGUAUUUUCCCACCUUGAUAAAAGAGAGUGGUGCUCAACCAAUGGGCAAAAAAAAUGAAAGUGUCACCAGAGAAAGCUGUCCCCUAAAUGAGAUGAGCAGCUACACAGCCUGCCACUGGCCCUUAGUACGAGCACAUGCUAACUCCAUAGAAGAGUUUACUCCAUCACAUUCCCUUCAUUCUUGUGAGGGCUGAGGAAUCCCCCACAAGGCCAGAUGGAGGGCAGUGCAUUGGGGAAGUGGAAGCAACAUUCUUAAAAAAUCAAAAGAGACAGAUACCUGCACUUCCUUGACUCCUGAGUGAUCCCACACCCAGACCCUGGUCAGGGCAGAAGUAUCAAUAUUUAUAAACUACCUCCUUUCCAUCUUGGUAUUUUAGGAAAGUUGAACACAUGAGUUUAGUUUUUUGAAAGAAAUGCAAAGUGGGGGAGUCCUGCUAAAAAAAUGGGCCCUGAUGAAAAUACAUCAAGGCACUGGGGGAAGAGCCGGGAAGGCCAUCAAGGCCACUGAGUCUUCCCCCACUGGAAAACCCAGAGCACCCAGUGGGGCUGCGUGUCAGGCGGGGCUGUAUCUAGGAUUUGCCAUAGCAGGUUCUUAUCAACACACGGUGCCUGUGCUAGGUUCAACCAGCAGAACAGCCAGUGAACAGUGGCUUCAGCAACGAUGACACCUGAUGGUCUUGGAUGCAGAAACCCAGAAAGCUGGCUAAUUAAGUCACACAGCAGCCUCAUGCCCUGGGUUGACUUCACUAAGGUCACCUGGCUUUCCUCUCUGAGGUUGAAAGAACACUGCCAAGUUCAGGCUUUGCCAACAGCAUCCAAUAGAAUGAAAAGAACAACUGAGUCCCCCUUGUCACCCCCUACUCUGCCCCGCGGCAUGUUGGCUGAACUGCCCAUAGCAGAGUUGGCGUCCUGCCUCCCUGACAGGCCAAGGCCAGAAUGUUAAUGAGGCUGGAGCUUCAGGCCUUUCUCUGCCUGGCUCUUUCCAAGACCCUGGAGAAGCCCCUAGUAAGGCAUGCCCGCGGUCAUUUGUUAAAUUUGUAAGAAGAAUUUUAACUGCAACUGCAAAGAUAAGUCUCUGUGCCCUCCUCCCACCUGCCUUCACAUUGGGUGUCACAGGGCAGCCAUAAGCACCCCCAGGAUCUGACUGAGGAAUCUGAAUGCACAGUGGUUUGGCCUGCAUUUCCUCGGGCGCCCGUGUAGCUCACCGUCAUGUCAGAGCCCAGUGCGGUGACUGCAGCACCCGGCAAAGCCACCGCUCCCAGAACAAAGCUGCAGGGCCAGUGACUGUGGCACCACAGAAGCAUGGCUUGUGCCCCCCACCCCGAGGAAUGUGGGGUGUGCGAGAGAUAAUGCAGGGACUGAGGGGAAAUCCUUCCAAAUCAUACAGCUGGUGGCUGGGAUGAACUUGACAGAGGUUUUCAAGAGAUCUGAUAGCAAUACACAGAUUUUACAUUGCCAAAAAAGGCUGUGAAGUGGAGACAUUUUUCUAAAGUCUCAAUAAGUUUUUGCUAAAGUGCAAUUAUUUUUCUCUUCCUUCUGUAGAAAAUAUGUAAAAGCAACGAACAAGAAACUAUAUAUAUUUUUUAUAUAUAUAAAAUCACUGUCUUAAAAAAGGGGGGUCAAAAAGGAAAGAACCCAAAACUAGAGGGAAGAAAGGCCUAUCACCCUAAUGCACACAGACAUUAUGACACUUGUGGAAAUUUAGCUUUUUUAAUUUUGUCAUUUAAUGUUUUUUCAUUCUAAAUAAAAAGUCAUGUUGCACCUAAUUUUGUAUUCACAUUAAAUAUUACCUUUCUCAUAAAAAGCUUCCAUCUACUCCCCAGUUAUGGAAACUGCAGAUCAUACAAAACCUAGAUCAUCUGCCUCUAGAAAAGAUCAAUGAUAGGUGAUCUGUGGCCUGGGGCUCUUGCCAUCAGAUACCUAACAACUGAGGCUCCAUUUCCACAGAGGGGGUGACCAUAGGGGAGACAGUCAACAGGGCAGUCUCCAAUGCAUUAUAUACCAAAUGAAAUGCUACACACAC